AGCACAAAUUCCAGUCCUUCCAAUGUAUUCGGGUUGCGCUUCAUUUCCUUCGGGCUACUGUCGUUGCACGUUUCUUCGGGGCGCUGUUCUUGAACUCUCUUCGGGCUGCUCUUCACUGUCUUCGGGAUGCUGUCCUUGCACGUUUCCUCGGGCUGCUGUCCUUGAACUAUCUUCGGGCUGCGCUCCAUUUUCUUCGGGUUGAUAUCCUUGCACGUUUGUCCGUGUUGCCGUCCUUGAACUCUCUUCGGCCUGCUGUCCUUGCACGUUUCUUCGGGCUGCGGUUCUUGAACUCUCUUCGGGUUGCUCUUCAUUUUCUUCGGGCUGCUGUCCUUGCAUCUGUGCUCUUCAUUUUCUUCAAUUUUGUUGGAAAUUGCACUUCUUGGAGGCCUGCAAACACACAUGAAUACGAAGAGGUUGGAGAACACAACGAGGCAGGUAAUCAGUGACACAUUACUAGCACAUUCAAAGCAAAAUCCUAAUGGUUCAUACUCAGCUCAGUAUGGGCAUAUCAACAAACUUGCUGCACAGUUUAAUGUAUCUAGAAAAACAGUGAGCAAGAUAUGGGCAAUUGCAAAGAAACAAAUAGAGCAGGGGGUUGCCAUCGAUGUGAGGAGUCGAAUGAUAGGAAAGAAAGGCAGGAAAAGGACAGUGAUGGAUGCACAGGCUAUUGCAGACACUCCACUCACGAAGAGGACUAAUGUCAGAUCUUUAGCUGCUGCAAUUGGCAAGCCUAAGUCAACCGUGCAUGAAUGGAUAAAAAAAGAAACCUUGAAUAAGGUUUGGUUGACAUACCAGCAGGUGUUGACUAAGGUAAUGGAACAUGAAGGAAAUAACAACUACAGAUUACCACAUAUGGGGAAAGAUAGACUUGCCAGAGAAGUAAAUCUUCCUAAGUCUUUGAGCAUAGACCUGGACCUUAUUCAGAAGACAGCAAGAUUGGUUGGACAACAGAAUGGAGGUAGAAAUGAAGGAAUGGUUGAGUUCAACACUGAAGAGGGAGAUGACCACCAAUCUUCAGAGUUGAACUAAACACACACUUUUUUUGGGUUUCAGUUUUUAUUAUUCUCAUACAUUCAUCACAGUAAAUGGUCACAUAGGGU